AUGCAGGAGGUCAUCAAGCGAUGGGUAAUCUUCUGCCCUCUGGUUGGCGAGCUUUCCGACCCGUCCAUGAGGCCCAGACAUUGGUCAGCACUCGUGACGCUUUGUGACAAACAACUGGAGGCCGGGUCCUGGGCCGGCCAAGAGUUCCCGCGCUUCUGCAAAUCAACCCAGGUCACCAAGGAGCUCCUGCUCCGGGACAUGUGGAACAUGGAGCUCCACAAAUUUCCCACGGAGGCCUCUGCUGUGUUGAAAGGAGAGUUUCUGCUUUGCAGGUGGUGGAGGAUGGUUAAAGCUUGUGUGUACCAUGCAAAACUUGCUGUGACACUCAAGGGCCAUGGGCUGAGGGAACAGAACUCCGAGCGCAAGCUGCAACAGCAUUGA